UUGAUGUAUGCAUUUCUCGACUCCAAGUUUGCUAAAGUCAUUACUCGACCCCUUCUCAUUUUAGCUGUGUUUCUUUAGUUGUCUGAUGCUGCUGUGGUAUAAAUCCCGCCGUUUUCUCUCUUCAUUUCUUUCCUGAUUCCUCCAUAUGAGUAUAUCAUAUCUUCAUGAUUCACGAUUCACCUACCUCCCCUUAAUCUGCGCCAUUAAAAUCUGUUGUUAAUAAACCUCUUCCUCCAUUGCAAAAUCUCCUUCAUUAGGGUUUAUGCUUCUUCACAUUCAACUUCUUCACACAUAAAUCUUGAUUAAAGGAAUGAUGAGAGCUAGAUUGGUGGUAUUUCCAGUAAAGGGAAGAAAUUGGUGUUUUAGUCGUUCAAUUGACCCCUUUGUCCCUGCAUCGUCUUCGUCAACUCCUUCAACAGUCAGGGAUCUCAUUAAGUCUCUCUCCUCCUCUUCUCAACCUGUCUCUGCUAAUGCUGAGCUCCUCAUUGACUUCGCUUCUGAUAAGAUGAAUAAAGCUUGGACGGGUUUGGAGAAGGCGCCAGAAGGGUCUUUUAAGAACAAGAUUUAUGGAGUUGGGGUAUGGUUGCUAUCUCGUGUCAAACCAUCCGAGAUCUUCCUGAAAUCUAUAUCUAAGGACGUCACUGGAGUUGAAGUUACAUAUCCAACAAGUUUGAAUGCUAGACUUGUACGACGGAGAUUAAGGCACAUUGCUAUGAGUGGAGCAAUUACUCACAAAAAGUAUAUGUAUGGGUCUGCUUCGUUGCUUCCUUUAUCAACUGUUUUUAUGGUUCUACCUCUGCCCAACAUCCCAUUCUUUUGGCUGCUAUAUCGUACAUAUUCCCACUGGCGUGCCUGGCAGGGCAGUGAAAAGCUUCUUCAGCUUGUCUCGGAUGGUUCAGAUGGUCGGCGUGAUAGUAAGAAAGAAAAUAAAGAUCACAAUAUUUUUCAUAAUGGAAGUCAGGACGUGACUUGGGUUUUGCGGCCAUCAAAGGAACUGGAAGAACUUAUUCGGCGUGGAAAUGCUGAUGAUGGCCUUAACAAAGUCGUCUUAACUGAUAUUUGCAAGACUUUUGAGUUGAAUCCGCAGGAGCUUCUCAAGUACGAGAAGCUGUAGUUGAAGAGGUUCAGUAUAGGAUUAGCAUCACAGUUCGAAAACUUAUCUUUAGGCUAAACAGAUUUGCAAUUUUGUCAAGAGCCGACUCCUACAAUAUUUGAGGUUGAUAAUUUUUAAGCACUAGGGGACUUGCUUCCAGAGUUUCAAUCUAAUAUAUUAUUAUCAUGAUUCAUGGUUUUCAAGCCUAUACAUGUUAUUAUCUUUGAUUUUCUGUUA